AGAGAGAGAAAGAGAGAGGAAAAGAGCAAGAAGGGAUGGAACCACAGCCUUAUAAGGCGUGAUGGCGAACAAGGGUCCUUCAUACGGUUUGAGCCGUGAGGUUCAAAAUAAGAUUGACAAGAAGUACGACCCAGAGCUGGAGGAGCGGCUCGUCGAGUGGAUCGUGGCUCAGUGCGGUCCAUCGGUGGGAAAACCACAACCUGGCAGACAGGGCUUCCAGACGUGGCUUAAAGAUGGAUGUGUCUUGUGCGAGCUCAUUAACAGCCUCUAUCCUGCCUCUAAGCCAGUGAAGAAGUUCCAGAGCACCGGCAUGGCCUUCAAGCAGAUGGAGCAGAUCUCACAGUUCCUCACAGCCGCUGAGAAAUACGGAGUCACCAAAACUGACAUCUUCCAGACGGUGGACCUCUGGGAUGGUAAAGACUUGGCAGCAGUGCAGAUGACUCUGAUGUCAUUGGGAAGUUUGGCAGUUACCAAGGGCGAUGGCUGUUACCGUGGCGACCCUAACUGGUUCCAUAGGAAAGCGCAGGAGAACAAGCGGGAUUUCACGGAGGAGCAGUUGAAGGAGGGUCAGAGUGUCAUCGGCCUGCAGAUGGGCUCCAACAGAGGAGCAUCUCAGGCGGGAAUGACCGGCUACGGACGACCCCGGCAGAUCCUCAACUAAAGUUCGUGAUUUCUGACCUACUUCGCGUAUCGGAGAGCGUUAAACACGCACCCAAUUAUAACCACUCGGUCAGAAAACACACCGGACACUCACAGGGACCAAAUGACAAACCAGGCAUAAUCACUUCACUGUCAUAUUAAACCAACAGUAAUAUAGUCAUGAAGACGAGAUCGUGUGAUACAUUCCAUGCAAAAAACAAAUUCAUCUCAAAUUAGCCUAAUGCUAAUAUAUGACCAUAAUCUCAGUAUGUUUGUGCAUUAUAUUCUGAUUUUCAGUAGAUGAUUUUGCAAAUAAAUUUCUUUCAACCUCAACUAAA